CUCAUCAUCAUCCACCCUCUCUCUCCUCUUCUCCUCUCCAUAGUCAUUGUCAGUAUCUGACUCUUACCAAAUCGAUCUAUGACACUCGUUCAAUUCCACCACUUCAAUUGCAAGAAGUCCUGAACAUCUCCGCCCGCAUGUCGUCAUACUCGCUGUCCUCGAGUACUUCCUCCUCCCCCCGACCUCUCGACCAGUCCCAAGAACAAUCACAACAACAAACUCCAACCCAGCAACACCAGCACCACAACAACCACCACCACCAGCAGCAGCGAUCCUCCUCCCUCCAUCAAUCAGCAGCCUCCUACUUCUCCUACCCGGUCACCCACGUCGUCUCAGGCCUGUACCGCCGCUUCACCGACCCUCAAUCCACCCAAAACAGCAACAACAACAACAGCAACAAGGACAGCAGCACGAUGCGCCGCCCCUGGCACUCCAACACCACGCCCACCGACAGAUCAUCCACAACCAACACACUCUUCACGCCCGUCCGAACCGCCUCCCCCUUCCAACCCCCGCCACUGACCCCUCUAACCCUAACCGAUCCCUCCAGCCACCACCCCGACAACAACCAAGAAGACUACCUGCUCACGCGCUCGCUGGCCGAAGAGAUCCGGCUGUUGGUGCCCGCCCGCCUCCAACUGUGCGACACCUGGCGCCUAGCCUACAGCCUGGAACGCGACGGCGCCUCGCUGUCGACCCUGUACGAGAACUGCCGCGCCAUCUCCCAGCGCAGCCCGCGGGCGGGCUACGUCCUGAUCAUCCGCGACGCCUCUCCCUCCCCCUCCACCACCUCAUCCUCAACAACAACAACAACAACCUCCACCAAAAAUAAUGGCAGCACUGGCGCCGUCUUCGGCGCCUACAUGACCGACCCCCCGCACCCGGACUCGCACUACUUCGGCACGGGCGAAUGUUUCCUCUGGCGCGCCUCGGUGCUACAGCCGCCCUCGACCGCCCAACUCCUACAGUCGAUGUCCACGAUCAACCACCAAGAAGAAGACGCCGCAUUGGCCGUGCUCGAACGCGCCGGGCUCCCGUUACCGCCCAGCGCGGACACCACGCACGCCGGGCGGUCGACCACCCUGCGGAGCCGGAGUCCCUUGCCUCGUACCAGCGGAAACUUGUCGGUUCCUGGGACGGGUUGUACCCCCCAGAACACUGGGCAUAGUAGUGGGACGGCGACGCCGGAGCAGAUCCGCUUCAAGGCGUUCCCCUACAGCGGCGUCAAUGAUUAUAUGAUGUUCUGUGAGACGGGGUUUUUGAGUCUUGGUGGGGGGGAUGGGCAUUACGGGCUCUGGGUGGACUCGAGCUUGGAGAAAGGCGUCAGUGCCGCGUCUCAGACUUUUGGCAAUGAGCCGCUCUCGGAUGAAGGCGUCAAGUUCGAUAUCCUUGGGGUAGAGGUUUGGUAUGUCGGUUCUUAGGGUCGGGCGCGCAAAUGAGGCCCCCGGUUUUGGGUAAUCAGGUAUAUGUGUGUGUCUCCACUCGGUCAUUUGUAGAUUGAUUGCUGCUGGAUUAUAACAAAGGGGGGGGAUCAUGAUCUGCGGGCAGAAUGGUCUAUAAUAAUCUGAACAUUGACCCGGCCAGGUGGCAUGAAUCAGGGAAGGGGGUUUGGUGCGCGCGAGGCAGAUGAAAUGCCAAUCGGGAAUUAGUAUAGGCAGCGCCCACUACAGUACUGUGGCACUGCUCGAAUAAUCCAUCGUCAUCUCAUAAUUCGUGUACUUUGAA